GACGGGUAGUCCCCGAGCGCGUGAUGAUGACGGCUAGCGGUUGGUCGGUUAAGGGUCAACAACGAAGAUGGUGGCUACCUGCGUUGUAGAAGGCAAUGAGGUGCUAUUGUUGAUGAUGCUGUGGUAGAGGUAGUGACUUAGCUGAGGCACCGCCAAAGAAGGGAAGGUGCGAGCAGGAGCCACGAUGCCCAAAUACUACGAAGAGAAAGAGGUGGAUGGGCGCGCGUGCGCAGGAAUGCGCGAGGAUCUGAAGAGUUGUCUGUUAGAGUGCCCCUGCAUCAUCGAGGAAGGGAAAAGCCUCAAACAAUGUUUGAAGGAAGGGUAUUGCAAAGGUUUGCGAGUUUCAUUUUUUGAAUGCAAAAGGUCAAUGUUGGAUCCUCGAGCAAGAUUCAGAGGAAGAAAGGGAUACUGAAGCACCAUGUUGAGAACUAACAAGCAUGGGCAAUCUUGGAUCCAUUGCCACCUUGCAUUAAAGCACUGUCAAAAAGAGAGUAUUUUCUGCAUUUUUCUAAACUGUGCUGCGCUCCCCAGGAACUACUUGUGUUUAAGAACGAAGUGAUUGAAGUUGCUGAAUACUAGUAAUACUAUGGUGAAAAUCAAGUCUGGCAAUUUGUGGUGGUCAUAAUUCUUAAUAAAAUCUAUUGUGUCUCA